GGACCCUCCCGGUGCCACCUUCGCUCCGGGAUUCCCAGUAUCCUUCUCAGAGCCCGGCUCACUGCCUGCCGGGUUCUGACGCCGAGAGGGAGGCGGAGGCUGCACCCGGCUCCUCGCACUCAUCCUCCGCGCGCGGCCGACCCCACCUAUCGCCCCCUCCCGCCGGCGCCGGCCUUUCAUCGUCUCCCACCUCUUCCCUUUCCUCGAGUGUCUGCCUAGGAGCUUUGCCUAUAGCACGCACUUAGUUUCCUCUGCGGUAAAGUUAGGCUCCUUUAUUCCCAUCUCACAGAUGAGGAAACCGAGGAUGAAGCAGAGAGGUAAUCUGAUUUGCUCAAGGUCUUGAAAUAAGAAAAUGCCCAAGCUGGAAUUGAAAUCCAGGUCUGCCUGACCCCAGAAUUCCUGAUCUGUCCACUGCGCCGCGCCCCCUCGGUACACAAUAGCCGCAGAAAUUUACAGCCCGCCUUUCCGCUCCCACGGCUGUACUGGCGCUGUUGCUCAUACUGAUGCCUAGGGUGUGGAACAGGAAGAGGUCGGGGAGGUCAUAUGGAGGCCAACCUGGGAUAUGGAGUGGCUGAUGCAAUGACCAGCUAAUAGUUCGAUCCACAAUACAGUUUCAUUGGUCUCCACUGGCCCCCCUCAUCCAACCCUCCCCUGAUUGGACCGUCUCAUUAGGGAUGUUGGGAAAAGGCUUAAGUGUUUGUGAGAAACUGGGCGAUUUCUAAGAAACCCCUACUGCAAAUAGCUGAAGGGUAGCGUAAACAGAAAGAAAAGAGAAGAACCUUUAUUUAAAAGGAAACUGAAAGAAAAAGGGAAAAGACUAUAAAAGGAGAUCCUUGCUGCACAGGGCAGUCUCAGCUACUCCAGUGGCCAUCUCUGAAGGGUCUCCCACAGCCCAGAUGGGGAAGCUGACACUCAGAAAGGGGAAGUGACUGACCCAAGAGGGGACCAGUUGUGGCCAGACUUUGCCCCGAGGCAGCAUCAGGUGGCCUGCCCUGUGCCCCCUCUUCAAGUUGGUCUGAACCACUGAGCACCUCUUCCAACACCCAGCCGGAAGCCUAGGUCCUGGAAGAUGGCGGACGUGCCCAAGCUCGAGCAGGGCUGUGCGUCCUCGCUGGAGCUGUUCAACAGCAUAGCCGCUCAGGGGGAGCGCGUGAGAGCCCUCAAGGCCGGGAAGGCGUUGAAGGAUGAAAUCGAUUCUGCAGUACAGAUGCUGUUGUCAUUAAAAAUGAGCUACAAAGCUGCCGUGGGGGAGGAUUACAAGGCCGACUGCCCUCCAGGGAACCCAGCACCGAGGGGCGAUGGUGGUCCAGAUGCCACAGAAGCCGGAGAGGACUUCGUGGACCCAUGGACGGUACAGACGAGCAGUGCAAAAGGCAUUGACUAUGACAAGCUCAUUGUCCGGUUCGGAAGCAGCAAAAUUGACAAGGAGCUGAUAAACCGGAUAGAGAGAGCCACGGGCCAGAGGCCUCACCGCUUUCUGCGCAGAGGGGUCUUCUUCUCACACAGGGAUAUGAACCAAGUUCUUGAUGCCUACGAAAACAAGAAGCCAUUUUACCUGUACACGGGCAGGGGCCCCUCUUCCGAAGCCAUGCAUUUGGGUCACCUCAUCCCGUUUAUUUUCACAAAGUGGCUGCAGGAUGUGUUUAACGUGCCCUUGGUCAUCCAAAUGACGGAUGACGAGAAGUACCUGUGGAAGGACCUGACCCUGGACCAGGCCUAUGGCUACGCCGUGGAGAACGCCAAGGACAUCAUCGCCUGUGGCUUUGACAUCAACAAGACCUUUAUCUUCUCUGACCUCGAGUACAUGGGGGCGAGCCCCAGCUUCUACAAGAAUGUGGUGAAGAUUCAGAAGCACGUCACCUUCAACCAGGCAAAAGGCAUUUUCGGCUUCACGGACAGUGACUGCAUUGGGAAGAUCAGCUUUCCCGCCAUCCAGGCUGCUCCCUCCUUCAGCAACUCAUUCCCUCAGAUCUUCCAAGACAAGACGGAUGUCCAGUGCCUCAUCCCCUGUGCCAUCGACCAGGACCCUUACUUCAGGAUGACGAGGGACGUAGCCCCCAGGAUCGGAUACCCCAAACCAGCCCUGCUGCACUCGACCUUCUUCCCCGCCCUGCAGGGGGCCCAGACCAAAAUGAGCGCCAGCGACCCCAACUCCUCCAUCUUCCUCACGGACACGGCCAAGCAGAUCAAGACCAAGGUGAGUGCUGCCCCGGGCAGAUCCCCACGCACGGGCACGCGCACGGGGGUACACACACGCACGCACAUGCCAUCGUGCUGCCCCAGGGCCACUGAGGUCCAGGACUACUUCCAGAAUACCGGGUGGGAGGAGUCUAAGGGACAGGGAGUUGUACUUGUGAGCGCUGGCGGGUGGGCGGCUGGUGCCGAGGAGGGUGGUGCCGGAGCCUUUUCCCGUCCUCUGGUCUGGCAGGAUUACAGCAGCGGAGCCAUGCUCACCGGCGAGCUCAAGAAGGCGCUCAUAGAGGUGCUGCAGCCCUUGAUUGCAGAGCACCAGGCCCGGCGCAAGGAGGUCACGGACGAGAUCGUGAAGGAGUUCAUGACGCCCCGGAAGCUGUCCUACGACUUCCAGUGACACUCGUCUUGUGUCUGCACGUGAAGAGACAUGACUUACCAGUAACCCCAGCCUAAUCGAAUCACCGCUGCACGCAGGCCCUGUCCCGCGGUGUCACUGGGCCCGGUGUCUGCAAGCCCCGUGCCUCUUUCUUCCUGUAACGUCAUCCCUUCUGUGUCUUGUGGGCGAAACGCUGUCAGCUGACUGGGUGCUGGCUGACAGCGUGGUCAGACAGGAAAGUCCCGCCGGAGUCUGUCCCACAAAGCAGCCCCAGGAUGUGGCGCCUUUGGCGCAGUGUCCCCCGGGCGGCCUGUUCUGGCCACAGCAGGACAGCAUCAGAAAGCAUCCCACGGUUCCAAACAUGCUCUUCAGACCUGUUCGUCAGAGAACCUGUACUCUCCACGUGCAUAUGCAGAAUCCAAACGCCAUUAUUAUAAAACUCAAAAGUGCUUUGGGAAGUUGAGGUGGGAAAGUUUAAUGGGCACAAGAUGCAUUUCAGCCCGUGCCCCCCAAAAAAGAUUUGCUAGGCAGAAGCUGUGCUGUGCCCUUGACUGAGCUCUCCCAACUUGAAAGCUGCUUCUAACCCUGAAUAUUGGCCAGAGUUGGCUACUCCUAUUAAAUUGAGUCUUUUGUGGAAGAAACUUUCCAGUUUACUUACUUAAACUCCAGGCCACACUUGGAUUCUCCUCCAGAAAUCACACUCUUUUCCCUGAACAUUCUAAUGUUUUGUUUCCACCAAUAACCCUGACACUGCGUCCUGAAAACCAGGGGCCGCUUCACUCCGCUUCUGCCAGACGUGUGAGGAGGCAGCUGCCUUUGCAGAUACUCUUGUCUGACACUUGACUGGUGUGGAAGUUUCCGUGGGGCAGUGCCCUGGGCGGUGGCCGUGGCCAUGGCCCCGGGCGGGUGGACGUAGUCCCAGGCAGUGACCAUGGCCCCAGGUGGGUGGAUGUGGCCCCAGGCAGAUGGACAUGGCUAGCAAGUGCACAUCAGCCCCCUGGGCCGUCAGCCAUGUGUCCAUGGCAGCCCUGGACCAUGUGCCCUGUGUAGUCCAGGGAAGCGGAAGGACCACCAGGGAAGGCCCUGGGCUGAGCAUCUGUCCUUUCUGGAGGCACAGUGUCCACUCCCGAGUGCUCUGCCCUCAUGUUGCUCGUUGGCGUAAAUAAAACUCCUUUGGCCCCA